AGUAGACAGUCGUACGUCGCCGUCGACGCGGGCGCUUGUGUGGUGUGUUCACUUUUUAUUUGGUACCCUCAUCUGUCACACAGCUGUUCGUGUGAUCUCAAUCAAUCAAAAUAAUCGAGUGUAGAUAAAUGUGUAGUAUUCAAUAUCGAUUACCGUUUUAAUAAAUGUACAUAAACAUUAUUAAAAUACGAAUUUGGUGACCAAAACAAAAGGAGUUUAGUUAAGAAAAGCUUAUUGAAGUAAAAAAUCCGAUAAGAUAACUGAUAUCGCAAUAUAAAUGUUAUCGUAAAGUGUUAGUGUAGGCAGCUAAAGGGGACCACUGCGAAAAUCGCGUCUUUCCUUUCUAUUCAACCGGCACUUAUGAUGCUGCAACCUGUCGGUUGCACAUUGAAGAGGUCGACGUUGUAUUUUGUUGACAGACGCGGUAGCUUUGGGUAUGCGAAAACAGUGAGCGGACCCGAUUGUUUGAUUCUGCUGAAGUGUUACAAUAGUUAACAUCGGUGGAUAAAUAAUGAUAUUAGGCAAGUUAUCCGAGAUGGCGACGCCUGAUAAUAGUGAUGAAGAGAAUGGUGGAACAUUCACUGACGGUGAUUUCGACGAUACCGACGAAGAAACCGUCGUAGAACGAAUCGGCGAUAGGUCGCAAAUACCUGUUAAUGAAACGGUGAAUUCAGAUGUGCAAAAAGAAAACGUGAAAUUGUCUAGGCAAAGUUCAAACGGAUACAUAGAGCCAACUAAAAUAAACAAUCAUAUAUGUGCUGAUAGUGAUCAUUCAAGUGAUGUGGACAGUCGUAGUAAUGGUGAAGCUGGAACUGAUUUGCGACGAGAUUCUCAUGGUGAUCAGAAUCCGUCAAUAGUUGGAAUUCUCGGUGACCAACAAAAUCAUGCAGAACAACGUCUGGCGGCUCGACGGGCCGCGCGCGCUGAGGCACGUGAGAUCCGUAUGCGAGAGUUGGAGCGGCAGCAACGUGAACAGGAAGACCAUGCUGAUAAAGCGUACGACAUGUACGGCAACUCCGCUAGCCUGCGAGCUACCGCCUCUGACUUCAAAGAUUCUGUGGGUCGUCGUGCAGGCACGCGGCUCUCUAAUUUAGGAUCGGGAGCGCUACACUCACCGAGACGCAGCUCCGAAGACUCCGCUGACGACACCUUCAGUAUCAAAGAUCUCAGGCAUGAGCUGAAAGAGGUGGAGGAGAAGUUCCGCAAGGCGAUGAUACUGAACGCGCAAUUGGACAACGACAAGGCGGCGCUCGGCUACCAGCUCGAGCUGCUCAAAGACCGGAUAGAGGAGUUACACGAGGAGUACGCACAGCUGCAGCGCGAGCAUAGGGAAAAAUGUUCAGCGCACGAGCGGUUGAAGCGCGAGCACGCGUCCCUCGAGCGGGAGGUGUGCGCGGCGCGUGACGCGAUCCGCGCGCGGGACGCGGCCGCCGCGCACGCGGGGUACGCGUUCGUGGACGCGGCCGUGCGCGGGGCCAACGGGGACGCGCGGGGGACCAACGGGGACGCCGCGCGGGGGACCAACGGGGACGCGGACGGAGACGACUGCGCGCCCGGCUUCGGCUCGGUGCCACCGCUGGCGCUAGUGUCGCACCAGUCCGAGCAGAUGCUCAAUGAAGCUGGCGAAGGAACUUUAGAUGUCCGAUUGCAGAAGUUACUCGCUUCUAAGCAGGCGUUAGAAUCAGAGGUGCGCAAGUUGAAGCUUCAACUGAACGAGGAGCGGGCCGCCACACAUAACGGCGUUCACUCGCAACACGACCAGGAGUACGAGAACGAACUGGAAACGCUGAGGCGAUGCGUAUCGGAAGCGAAGGCCCGGGCGGCGCGCGCCGAGGCGGAGGCGGCGCUGCAGGGCGCGUGCGUGGCGCGCCUCGAGGCGCAGGUGGCGCGCCUGCGCGCGAGGCAGGACCACCAGGACGAGCACGAGGAGCAGCUCAAGCAGGAGCGCCGGCGGCUGCAGCGCGAGGCGCGGGAAGCUCUCAAUCGUGUCGAGGAGUUGGAGACGGAGAACAGUCACCUCACCAAGCGACUCGACAAACUCAAGAAUGCAAAGUCAGCGCUUCUCAAAGAGCUGUGACACCCCUGGCUCUACAUCGCGACCGCCCACCAGUUUCCAUGCGGACCUUGUGGAAAAAUCAUUUAUCAUCGGCCUACUUCAUUACAUUGAGAUCGGUCUGUAGGAAUCGUAAUAGUUUGACUUGUCGAUUUUUAGUUGGGUUCUUUGAGUGAUGAAGUAUAACAUUAAUAUUAUAUAAAAGAAAAUCUAGAUCGUUGUGUACAGUCAACAGCACAUCAGCUUUUACAAAACUGACAAAAUUUCCACUACCACUUGAUUUUGAACCUUAAUAAAUUGAGUGUAGAGUUCAAAAUCAAUUGCGAAAAUUUUGACAUAUUGCGGUAAUCUGACGUGCAGUCGUGUGUAUAUUCACGGGGCAAUUAACGUUUCACAUUCGCUUUAAACUAAUUACGGCAAAUCUGUACGGAAGGUACUUGCUUUCCGUAUAACCAUGUCGAAACAGCCUCGAUACUCUGUCAUAUAUUGUACCUGUAUUACAGUCACAUGAAAUCACCAUAUUCGGUAUUCAAAUUUCCGCAAAUUUAAAUUAAUCUAGAAGUAUUGGAUUGCCCGAAGUAUUGGAUUGGAUUGCACAUUGACUAAAAGUAAUAAUAAACUAACUAAAAACGUUUCACGAAUAUUAAAACAGCAUUUAGGAAAAUAAACAUGUUGCGUUUUGAAUGCAUAAUAGUACGCAGGCAUGACCAAAUUAUGAUGGAUUUCAGGGUCACAGAUUCGGGCCCGGAUCUAUGAUUUUAUCUAACCAGGGCAGAAAUUUUGUAUGGCGCCUUUCCUCAACUCUAAGGCUCCGUGAAGCCGGAUUUCAAAUUAUUAUAUUAUAAUAUAAUGUAUGUAUUAUUUUACUUUUAUUUGAUUUUAGGGUUUUUGAAGCAUAUCAGUCCCUUAGCAGCCUAUAAGGUCGUUCUUUUUUUAACAUUAUUUAAUGAUGAUUAUGGCGCCCCCUAACACUGCCCCCCAGACCCGGGCCUGCACAGACUAGUACUAGAGCUGUAAUAAUAUUAUUUAUUCUAUAUGCAAUUGCGUAGUCUGAAACCACCUAAAAAUUUUGGUUGUGUUUUUAAAUUAUUUGUCAGUUGCACAAACGUCCGUUAAGGUUUGAUGACGCUUUUAAGCUCCAAUGAAAGUCAAAUUUGUAUGGGUAAUGUCGCUUGAAACUAAUGAAAAUGGAGAUUUGUGCAACUGGCUGGAAGUUGUAUAACCAUAAUAUUAUAAUUUAACUUAAUCGCUUAAUCAUUAAUUUUGUAAAAAUAAAUGUAACACGAUGUAUAAUUUAAAGAAUAUUAUUAUUAAUAGAUGCAAUUAUUUAUUUGUCAUACGUAUAAAUAAUAGAAGACAUAAUUACGUUGUAUUUUUAUAGGCUUUAUUAUAAUUAGGCGUCUCGAUUUAACUUGCCGUCUAUUGUAUAUGACGUAUUGUUUAGAUUUUAUCUUAUUAUUGUAUUCCUUGCCAUUGGUAUCAUACAUUGUUAAUUUAGCUAUUGUAAUAAUUCGCUUCAUGCCAUGGCUAAACGAACAUAACGCUAGGUAAAUGCUUCAUUAAAUAUAAAAGUGGUUGCUCAAAAAUGUACUGCACUGAAUGUGAUAGAUGAGUGCGAAUGUAAACGUCCAUUAUGAUGUAGCCUUGUUAAUGGCCACGUGUAUUUUUAUAUUUCGUGAAUAUAAUACUUUUUUAUAAUUUGAUUUAAAUGGGAAAGUUACCACACUCUUAACUAUUAUCUUAUAGCGCCAUUCUUCAAUUUACGUUCGGCAUUUAUUUAAUUGUGCAUUAUUAUAAGUUAAAAUACUUUGUUGUUUUUUAGCUCUGCAUAACAUGACUAAUAGAUAAUGUAUUGUAAAUACAGUUCUAUCAGACUCGUAGUGAAAGAUGUUGAAAUGAUCGAUGUAUAUAUAGUCGUUAAAGUUAGUGAUGCUUCGGUCACGCUCACUUCUGUGCCAUCACGCACCAAGAUAUAUUAGUAGAAUACAAUAAUUCGUCUCAUACAUACCGGUAGUUAGGUCUCGUAUGACUUCCAUAUUGCGGGUAGUGAUAAGCUUGAUUGUCGGCGACGAGGAUACUCACAACGUCGGGUAGUGUUUAUAAAUGUUUGCGAGUAUCUUGUAAAUAUUAUAAGCUUUAGUGUUUAAUGUGUCCAUAACAAGAUUUUUUUUUUAAUGCUCAUUGCAACAGUUAGUCUGUUUGUAAUAUAAUUAAAAUUUUAGGUGACAUUCAGGAGUUAUGGAUAACUAGACAUUUUAGAGAAUUUACAGCUUUUGACCGCCUCGUUGUCGUCUUUAGAAUGGCAUGCACUUCUGUUUAUGAAUAUUGUCAAUAAAAAAUCAAUAUUUAAAUAUAUUUUUAUUGGUAAUCGUAUACGAAUAAACAUAGCAUGUCUUUUUAGAGUAUCUACAAAUGUUAAUAAUAUGCCGCAUUCUCCAGCUAAAGAAGUAUCCGCAAGUCAGUCGUUUUGUAUGUAGAAUUAUCAUUUUGUAUGUAGGUAUUUUGGUGCUGCGUUACUAAUUUAUUGUUUUAUUUUUAACCAGGUUGACCAACUUAUUACGAAUUGAAUCCAAUCUUAUGUAUAAAUUUUAGAUACUUUGAAUAAAUUUCGGUAUAGAACUGUUGUUUUAUUUAUCUU